ACCCGGAAAUGCAGCGUACGCGAGUCCAAUAAGCGCCUUGUUAUCCGUUUUGCCGGGUUGGCUCUUUGAAUGUGUGUUCAUUAUUUGCCUUCUCUCUUUCAUCGGACUCCGCUGAGACGCUCGAAUAUCCUCAAAAUGGCGUUGUCCAACUUGGAGCAGGGCAGUUACGAGACUUUUGUAACGAAAGCAGUGAGAAUUGCCUGUGUGGUGGCUAUGUACUGGUUUACAUCGAUUACGAUGGUCUUCUUAAACAAAUACUUGUUGGGCAGCCCGGAUCUGAAACUGGACGCGCCGCUAUUUGUCACUUUUUUCCAGUGUUUGGUGACAGUGUUACUUUGCUGGCUGCUGAAUCUGCUUAGCGCCUUGUGCCCAAGUGUGGUGGAGUUUCCUUCAAUUGGGUUCGACCCCAAGAUUUCAAGAGGGGUUCUUCCUUUGUCCCUAGUCUUUAUCGGAAUGAUCACUUUCAACAAUCUGUGCCUCAAAUACGUCGGAGUGGCGUUCUACAAUGUUGGGCGUUCUUUGACUACUGUGUUCAAUGUCCUGCUGUCCUAUGUGAUACUGAAACAAACUACAUCACUCAGAGCCAUAUUGUGUUGUGGGGUCAUUAUAGGUGGUUUUUGCCUGGGAUUAAAUCAGGAAGGUGCAACAGGCAGUCUGUCCUGGGCUGGAGUAAUGUUUGGUGUGAUUGCCAGUUUGUGUGUGUCCCUGAAUGCCAUAUACACAAAGAAGGUAUUGCCAGCUGUAGACGGCAGCAUCUGGAAAUUAACCUACUACAACAAUGUCAACGCCUGUAUCCUCUUUAUUCCAUUAAUUACAAUCAGUGGGGAACUGAAAACAUUGUAUCUCUUUGACAAAAUAAGCAGCACUAACUUUUGGGGUGUAAUGAUCUUGGGUGGUAUGUUUGGUUUUGCUAUUGGAUACGUCACAGGACUGCAGAUUAAAUUCACCAGUCCCUUGACGCACAAUGUCUCUGGUACUGCUAAAGCAUGUGCACAAACUGUUCUGGCAGUGUUCUACUAUGAAGAACUAAAGACCUUUCUCUGGUGGACUAGUAACAUACUGGUCCUUUUUGGAUCCUUUGCAUAUACCUGGGUAAAGGGAUUAGAGAUGAAGAAAGUGCAAGAUGAAACGGUGAACAGAAAUCGUGAGAAGAAUGAAACUGGAGUCUAAAAUAUGGAUAUUCGGUUACACUUUGUCUACAGUGGAAGCUUGAUUGUCUGCCAUAAUGGAGGAGAGUCUGGGUGGUCAGAGAAUGGAAAGUGGCAAAUAUUCAAAGUUGCAUAAUAAUCAUUUUUUGGAGCACUCCUUCCUCACUUAAUGUGAGCUGACCUCUUCCAAAUUCUUCUCUCUGCUGCCAAUGACCAGAAGUAGACACUAACAGCAUCAUGUGCUCCAUUGGAGCAACCACUUCAACCUCCACAGUGCCAAUAUUAACAACUUGGAAGAGAAUGGAAAGUUGGCUUAUUUAACUGUACUGUUGAAAUACCACUCAUUGAAUGGUUGAUGAUUGUCCUUCAGGAACUGGAUUUGUCAGCAGAUGCACUAACACACCACUGCUGCUGUACAAGUUCAUAAUUAUUUCUUGAAAUCCUUGUGGGUAAAAGGAAUUGUACUAUGUAUUAGAAAAACUCCAGGAAAUACUUUUUCAUACAAAAUAUUGUUCAUUGGCUAUUGGUCUACAGCAUUUGUUCAUUUAGCGUUUUCAAAAAUUGAUUGUCUCUGACUGGUACACUCCCAAGGAACUCUUGUAAAAGUUGUAACUGCUUUUCGUCUCAUUCAGUGUUUUAUGUGGAAAGUCUUCAUCCCAUACACUGCAUAUACUCCUCUAAUGCCCCCUUAAAUGCAGCUAUAUUAUUUGCUUAAGCCACUCCUUGUGAUAACAAGUUCUAAUUUCUGUUCAUAAAGAUGUUCCUAUUUGAUGUCUUGGUAACCUUUUAAUACUAAUGAUGUCUAAUUUUGUUCUUUCACAUAACUAGAAACAAUAUGUAACAUGUUCAAUGUAACAUUCGGAGUGUUCUGUGGUGAUGGUAGGGGUUUCAAUAGCAGUUUAAAAAUUGGAAGAGGCACAGGGUGAUCAAAACUUCUUUUUAUUGUUUGAGAUGUAUAUUUUUAGACAUUUGUCAGGAUAAAGAGCAUCUUAAUUAUUGAAAAUUUUGCCUGAGGUAAUUUGAUUGUAAAAAUUAUUUUAUUUUUUCACUUUAAAUGUAAACACAUUGUGGCUGGGUGAAAAGUACUGUUUGACUGUUUUGGGGGUUUUCUGUAAGUACUGUGCAAUGGGUCUGAACCUGCCAAUUAAAAUACUGUAUAUCUAAAACAUCUUUGAUACUCUGAAAAUAAAUAAAAUCUUUUUAAUCACCAA